GAGGCGGCUGCCCUCACUGGUGCGCUUGUGCCCGCAGGGUGUGGAUCAUGCUGUCCCUGCUGGCCAGGGCCGCUGCCGGGCCGUUCCGUUCGUUAGGCCGCUCGGCCUUCUGUUCCCUGGCCCCAUGGUGGCGGGCGGCGGCGCUGCCCGCGCCGGUGAGCCGCACGCUGCCGCCGUGGUACGGGGCGGCCGUCUCCCGCGCCCUGCUGGCCGUCCCGCCGCCGGCUGCGCUGCUGCCGCCCUUCCUCGCGGGUCUGAAGACGAAAACUUCGCUGAAAAGGCGCUGCAAGGACUGUUUUUUCGUCCGGCGCCGGGGACGGCUCUAUGUCUGCUGCAAGACCAACCCUCGGCACAAGCAGCGGAAGGGGUAGCUCCGCGUCCAGGACCUUCUUGCCGGCUGGGAGCGAGUCCUGCGUUCUACAUCCGUGCCACUGAGAUCGGUCCUUUCCUGAAUGCCCCGUGACAUCUAAGAGCUGGCUGCUGGGGACAGAAACGGCAAACUGGUGAACUGGUGUAGUGUUUCUUCUUAACGCUAACGCAGGACGAGUUACCUUCCUGACAACCCUCGCAGUAAUUUAAAACCAUGGAUGCUGAGAAGCGGAAUGGGAAGACACAGUUCUCAGGAACUCUUACCGUCUCAGCCUUGAAGCCUUAAAAAUCACCUUGCUGUUUAGGAAGGGCAAAGCUGAAUCAUUGAACUCAAAUGCGUUUAUGUUUAAUUAAAGCAAAAUGAAAAUAAA